UUCAAUUGGAGGAUAUUUGUUCCGAAGCGUUGUGUAUCCAUCAGCACGCCCCCAUCCGUCCAUCCACUGACGUCGCCAACAACUGUCGGCCUGUGUUUUCCAGUCACUCAUGUCGCAACUCCAUCCAUUUGUCUUGAAUGUCUCACGCAGACUUUUCCUCCCUCUGAACCUCUCAGUACGCAUGACUGAAUUCAUUUCGCGUCCACUCAAUCAUCUAAUACGGGGUGUUGCUUGCUGAUGGAGAGACGCUGUUUCAGUUGCCAGGGGACAGUUGUAGAACAUCGAAUAUCCUCAAUCAACCAUCAUCAUUCCCGCUGACACUCUGGGACGUUCCUUACAAUAUGCCUUGACGUCUGUGAGUUCUUGAUAUUUUUCUCGUCUUGGAAAAUUUUGUUCUGUCUCUCCAAAGCCCAUCUGAAGAAAGACAUACGAAUUUCCCGAUAGCACGCAUCGAUCCGCAUGCCGUCUUGUUCUUUCGAGCCCAUCCAGAAAAAUGUCCUUUCACAGUCCCUUCGACAUAACCAGCCAAGCUUCACAUGGCCAUGAACUUGGUCGACAACCGUCAGCGCCCCGGACCAUCAGUGCGCCAUACAACCUUGCCGGGCCUCGAGCCUCCCCCGAACCUGAAAGGCAGCAGACUCGAAGUGGUCAGGAGGGGACCAGUUGCGUCAGUCGAGAAUAUCACGAGCACGACCCGCAUCAUGCAGAGUAUACGAAGCAACCCAUCUGGGGAUUUGCAGCACCUCUCCCCCGCGUCAAACGUCCAGGGAUGGAGUCGAGACGAACACGUACAGGUUAUCACGAACAAACAUCCUCCAGCAAUAGAACCCAAGCCCAUCGUCACCCGACUGACCAGCUAUCCGUUCAGCCAUCGGCCCCGAGUGGUACGGAAGCAGCUCCCCAGGUCGGAGUCACGCCAGAAAGGAACGACAAAGAUCACGAGCAGAAAGCUCGUCCCGUCGCAGAACAACAUCCCGAUCUUCUGCGUCGAGCUACCACCGCUGGACUUUCCACCUACCACCCCGACGGACAGGAUCACUCUUCGACGCUGAAGCCGGUAGAAUCUAUACAACUGCGGCCGAGUCGACGGACGCAGGACCUCGCCAACGAGCACAUCAGCGCACAGGAUCAGGUCACCCCGUUCAGCAGUUCCGUGGUGCGUGGUCGACCGAGCCACGGUCACCAGAUGGCGGUUCUUCAAGGGCUGCAUUCUACACCAAGCGUGGCACAUCGCCGGGAUCAAGAUCCGAUUUCGAGACAGACCAAGUCACAAUUGAGUGAAGCCGAAGUCGAAGCUGCCCGCGGACGCUUGCAAGAACUGGCCGACACCGCAGAGCACGAGCCAGGAGUACAUCAGACUUCGCCAAAUAUCAACUGGGAAGAGUUCCAGCAGCCAGAAGAAGAUGAGGCCGAUCGCGACUCCCAGCUGCAAAAGCCUCCAGAUCCGCCGUACUACAAUCUCUGGGGCAAGUGCCGCAAUCCUCUGCGACAGCCAUUUGCAGAGUUUCUGGGCACCUUGGUCUUUAUGACCAUCGGCCUCUGUGGCAGUAUAGUGCGUACGACGGCGCCGGACGACUAUGGCAACCUCCUCACGGCCUACCUCGCCUGGGGUCUCGGUGUGAUGAUAGGCAUCUACAUCGCCGGGGGAGUGUCCGGUGGCCACCUGAACCCGGCACUCUCCCUCAUGCUCUCAGUGUUCCGCGGGUUCCCCUGGAGUUUGUGCUGGCAGUAUAUCCUGGCGCAGAUACUGGGAGCUCUCGCCGCGUCCGGGAUCGUGUACGGACUCUACAAGGACGCCAUCGAGCAGUACGCGUCCGCGGACGUCACACGAGUCGGCCCGGCCUUCUGGACGGCGCCUCGGCAGGACCUGAGCAAGGCCGCCGCCUUCUUCACCGAGUUCACCGCCACCGCCAUCGCAUCCGGGUCGGUCCUCGCCCUCGGGGACGACACCAACUCGCCCCCCGGCGCGGGCAUGCACGCCUUCAUCAUCGGCCUCCUCACGUCAGCCUUGUGCAUGGCGUUCUCGUACAACACGGGGACCGCGCUCAAUCCCGCACGGGACCUGGGCCCCAGACUGGUGACGUGGAUGGCAGGGUUCAGCACCGAAGUGUUUACUUUGUUUGACUGGUGGUGGAUUUGGGGCCCCUGGGUAGGGACGAUCACGGGCGCGCUGUUCGGGGCUUUUGUCUAUGACUUGCUCAUUUUCCUCGGUGGCGAGAGUCCUGUCAAUUACCCCACACAAUUCGAGCUUCGUGAUCGGAUUAGCUCUUGGAAAGAUCGAAGGACCGCGUCGAGGAUGGGAAGAGGAAAGGAUAUUCAGGACAAGAUCAAUCAGAAGAUAGAGACCAUAGCUUAAUAUGAGUCGCCGUGAGAAAGC